AUGGUUUGUGCUUUCUGGCAACGCGUCGACGAAGCAAGUUGGGAUUAUUACACUCUUCGAUACUCCAGGGAGUCCCUUGGAAAGUUGGCAACCUACUUCCAUUUCCGCUUCGAGGGACGAUGCGUACUUACCAGGCCUUGCGUCUUAUUCCGCUACCGCAAGACCGGCCCAGGCCCAGCCGCAAAACCAAUCUCGGUCUUUCCGUACUUGGGGUAUUUGCACUCGAGUGAGAUUGCCGGGUUUCGCCUCGACUACCUGCGUCAGCGAUCAAACAACUUCGGUCUCCCCAACCCGGUCGGCAAGGGCAUACAGAGCCGGCGUUUCCGGAAAAUCAAGCCAAAGGAGCGUCAUCACGACCCUUACUUGGUCGCGGUGCUGAUCGCCAUGGCUCAGGAGCAGAGGUCACGCCAGAGGCUGCACAAAGGCAAGAAAUCGAGGAAGAAGGCCUACGAUCCUAACUACCGCUUCACGGUCCACCUGCUCAUGGCCGAGAGCAACAACUAUGACAACGUUAACCUCUACACGGCCCACCCCACCGUCGCAUUUCUCGAGAGAUUCGAUUUCCCAACUCAGGCGCCGCCCGUCCCGACUGAUCUCGACAUCCUCCACCGUCGGAUCCCUCAUGAGCCUCAUGAAUCAUUCCUGCAGCGCCUUUUGCAGAGCAUGGAAGUAGCGUCUGAUCCGCCGAUAGUCGCCGACACGACCAAACUACAGAAGGACGCGGGGGUGAGCAUGGAGGCAAACAAUGGUGACAGCAACGCUGGUACAGAUGGAAAUGGCAGUGAUUAA